GGAAACUUUUUCCCCGCAGAGUUGAUGUUAGCAGGCUAAUCCAGUGCAGAGGUAAAAAGCUAGUGUGAAGGUUGGAAUCGGUCACUCAAGAAAGCUACUCAUUUCCAUCAACUAUUUAUAUAUUUUUUCGGGAGAAGCAAUAUGGCUUCGGGUGGAGAAUCCAAAAAUGAUGAUCUUUCCACUGCCAUUCUGAAGCAGAAGAACAGGCCAAAUAGGUUGAUUGUUGAUGAAUCCAUCAAUGAAGACAACAGUGUUGUGUCUCUCUCUCAGGCAAAGAUGGAUGAGCUCCAGCUCUUUAGGGGGGACACAGUGCUGUUGAAGGGCAAGAAGAGGAGAGAGACUGUUUGCAUCGUCCUGUCUGAUGACACCUGCUCUGACGAAAAGGUUCGCAUGAACAGGGUGGUCCGCAACAACCUCAGGGUGCGCCUUGGUGAUGUCAUCAGUAUUCAGCCAUGUCCGGAUGUGAAGUAUGGAAAGCGGAUUCACGUUCUGCCCAUCGAUGAUACGGUGGAGGGCAUCACUGGCAACCUGUUUGAGGUCUAUCUUAAGCCUUACUUCUUGGAGGCUUACCGGCCAAUCCGUAAAGGUGAUAUUUUCCUGGUCAGAGGAGGCAUGCGUGCUGUGGAGUUCAAAGUGGUGGAGACUGACCCCAGCCCAUACUGUAUUGUGGCCCCAGACACAGUGAUCCACUGUGAGGGGGAACCCAUCAAGAGAGAGGAUGAGGAAGAGUCUCUGAAUGAGGUGGGUUAUGAUGACAUUGGAGGGGUAAGGAAACAGCUCGCCCAAAUCAAAGAAAUGGUGGAGCUACCUCUGAGGCACCCAGCUCUCUUCAAGGCUAUUGGAGUGAAGCCUCCCCGUGGCAUUCUGCUGUAUGGACCCCCUGGAACUGGAAAGACUCUUAUCGCUCGUGCUGUGGCAAAUGAAACUGGGGCAUUCUUCUUCCUCAUCAAUGGACCGGAGAUCAUGAGUAAACUGGCUGGUGAAUCUGAGAGCAAUUUGCGCAAGGCUUUUGAGGAAGCAGAGAAGAACGCACCAGCCAUCAUCUUUAUUGAUGAACUUGAUGCCAUUGCACCAAAAAGAGAGAAGACUCAUGGUGAGGUGGAGAGGCGCAUUGUGUCUCAGCUGCUCACUCUGAUGGAUGGACUGAAGCAAAGGGCUCAUGUCAUUGUCAUGGCAGCCACUAACAGACCCAACAGCAUUGACCCAGCCCUCAGGCGAUUCGGGCGCUUUGACAGAGAGGUGGACAUCGGCAUUCCAGAUGCUACUGGAAGACUUGAGAUACUUCAGAUCCACACCAAGAACAUGAAGCUUGCAGAUGAUGUUGAUCUGGAGCAGGUUGCAAAUGAGACCCAUGGCCAUGUGGGUGCUGAUCUGGCUGCCCUUUGCUCAGAGGCUGCCCUGCAAGCCAUUCGAAAGAAAAUGGACCUCAUUGAUCUGGAGGAUGAGACCAUCGACGCAGAGGUUAUGAACUCCCUGGCUGUAACAAUGGAUGACUUCAGGUGGGCUCUUAGCCAGAGCAACCCAUCUGCCCUGAGAGAGACAGUCGUGGAGGUGCCCAACAUCACCUGGGAGGAUAUUGGUGGCCUUGAUGAUGUCAAGAGAGAGCUGCAGGAGCUGGUGCAGUACCCAGUGGAACAUCCAGACAAAUUCCUUAAGUUUGGCAUGACCCCAUCCAAGGGUGUGCUGUUCUAUGGACCACCAGGUUGUGGUAAAACCCUGCUGGCCAAGGCCAUUGCCAAUGAGUGCCAGGCCAACUUCAUCUCAAUCAAGGGCCCAGAACUGCUCACCAUGUGGUUUGGAGAAUCAGAGGCUAAUGUCCGUGAGAUCUUUGACAAGGCUCGUCAAGCUGCUCCUUGUGUGCUCUUCUUUGACGAAUUGGACUCCAUUGCUAAGGCUCGUGGUGGAAACGUUGGCGAUGGUGGCGGCGCUGCUGACAGAGUCAUUAACCAGAUUCUCACAGAAAUGGAUGGCAUGUCCAGCAAGAAGAACGUCUUCAUCAUUGGGGCCACCAACAGACCAGACAUCAUUGACCCUGCCAUCCUCAGGCCUGGCCGACUGGACCAGCUUAUCUACAUCCCACUGCCUGAUGAGAAGUCUCGCAUUGCCAUUCUCAAAGCUAACCUCAGGAAGUCUCCAAUCUCAAAGGAUGUGGACCUGGACUUCUUGGCCAAGAUGACCAAUGGCUUUUCCGGUGCUGACUUAACUGAGAUCUGUCAGAGAGCCUGUAAACUGGCCAUCCGUGAGUCCAUUGAGAAUGAAAUCAGACGGGAACGUGAGAGGCAGACUAACCCUUCUGCAAUGGAGGUGGAGGAAGAUGACCCUGUGCCUGAGAUUAGAAAGGACCAUUUUGAGGAAGCCAUGCGCUUUGCCCGCCGCUCCGUCAGCGAUAAUGACAUCCGCAAAUACGAGAUGUUCGCACAGACCCUGCAACAAAGCAGAGGCUUUGGCAGUUUCAGAUUCCCAUCCAGUAACCAAGGAGGAAGUGGACCAAGUCAGGGCUCUUCUGGUGGCGCUGGAGGCACCAUCUUCAAUGAGGACAACGAUGAUGAUCUUUAUGGAUAAAUGUGACCACGUGGCUGACCCUCACAGGCCAAUCUUCAUACAGGCCGCCAUGUACAAAAGACAAAAAAUAAAAUUCCACAUUUUUAGGACUGUGCUUUUUGUUUAUUAUUUUCCGCUUCUCCUCUUAUGUCCAUUCCCACUGUUUUUUAUUCGCCUCGUUCUCUUCUGUCCACCCCCUCCUCCCUGUUGAUAGAGAAAAGCAUGUAGCUGCUUGUGUUUUGCUCUGGUUUGUGAAAGGAUGAUUUCUGAGAACUUUAAUCUUAACGUUCUGUGGGUGGGGGUAAAUUUCAGUGAAAACCAUACACGAUAGUGAUUUCAUUAACUUUUCACAAGCUAUAUGAGCAGCUUUAGUGGUGGGGUUUAAUGCUAGGCUGUUGGAAGGAUUAAAAAGAAAAAAGAAAAAAAUAAUUGCUAAUGACUUCAUUUUUUUAUGAAUGUAGCAUAUAAUGUAUUACAAGUUUGAAAAAUGUUAAAUAAAAUUCACGAAAUGGA